CGAUAAACUUAAACUAUUAUGUCAGAGUGAAUGUUCUUUAUACAAGUGUUUUAGUAAAAAAAAUUUUUUGUUAAAUUGCAUUGAAUCCAGUUAUCCAGUUAAUUUUAUUUUUGCCUCGGCAGUGGCCUCGGUCGCGAGCGGUCAAGCUAUCACCCAAGUAAACACAAAAAUGAUGGAGAUUUUGCUAUGGUUAAAAUUAUUGUUACUCAUUCUUUCGAGUGGAAUUUGUUCUUGUCGAGACAUAGAAGUUUCAACACCUCAAGGGCGGAUCAUCGGAUUUGACACGCUGAGAACUAGAGAUGGACGCGAGAUCUUUAGCUUCACUGGCAUUCCAUAUGCUGAACCACCUGUUGGAUAUCUCAGAUUCAAAGAAGCCAAACCACUGGAUCCCUGGAGUGAGCCUAUCAAUGCAACUAGAAGCGCACCUUUCUGCCCUCAAAUUGCGAAUCCCAAAAACCCUCAUCCUCAAGUUAUGGGUCAGGAAGAUUGUCUUGUUCUCAACGUGUACUCGCCGAAGGCAACGAAACUUCCGGUGAUAAUUUUCAUUCAUGGCGGGCAGUACUACAUGGGGGGAAGCGCCCUGUAUGGCCCGGAGUUAUUGCUCGAUAAAGAUGUCGUGUUGGUAACCAUCAAUUACAGGUUGGGAGUUUUAGGCUAUCUCAGCACAGGUGACAGAGCCAUUCCUGCAAAUCUUGGUUUGAAGGAUCAAGUUCUCGCUAUCAAGUGGGUUCACGAUAAUAUUGAGAAUUUCGGCGGAAAUCCUGAACUCAUCACGGUGUUUGGGGAGAGCUCUGGAGGCGCAAGCGUUCAUUUCCAUCUUUUAUCACCAAUGAGCAAAGGUCUCAUUCAGCGGGGCAUAGUGAUGAGUGGGACCGCAGAUUGUCCUUGGACAUUCAUGAGUCCUCAGUUGGCGAAAGAAAGGACGAUAGCGUUAGCUGUGUUGUUGGGUUGUCCUUCCACUCCCACGGGGGCGUUAGUAGAAUGUAUGCAGGCUGUCCCAACUCAACAGAUGAUGGAAAUGGGCAGGAGGUUCCAAGAGUGGAUCUUCACGCCUGCUAUUGUUUGGGUGCCAACCUAUGAGCCUGAGUGUGAAAAUGCUUUUCUUCCGGCGGACCCGAGAACCUUGGAGUCAGAGAUUCCCCUCAUGUUGGGGGUAACCUCUGCCGAAGGAGGUUUAUUUGCCCCGAUGUUCAUCAACUCUGGCGAGGAGUACGAAAAAGACUUGCGAGAAUUCCCGAGAUAUCUCCUGCCAAAACUACUCUAUCUGUGGUCGGAGUUCCCAAAGGAUAGAGUUCCAGAGAUAAUAGAGCAGCUAAUAGACUUUUACUUUGGGCAGAAACGCGUAGACUUCCGGGCCACUACAGAAAUUAUCAGCCUGCUCUCAGAUAGGUGGUUCAUGAGUGGAAUCGUUGGGACUGCUGAAAAACACAAGGGAGAGGCGUAUCUUUUUUAUUACGAUUAUCUACACUCCGACUUUCGUGGCAAUAGCACAUCCGCGAAAAAGAGAAUUGAAGGGACUGUAAUUCACGGUGACGGAUUGUUCGAUUUGUUUCCACUUCCGAGUAAGAUUCCAAACAGAACUUGGUCUGAGGACGAAGACAAAGUUUCGAGAAGGACGAUUGAUAUUUGGACCCAUUUUGCAAGAAACGGAAAACCAGACCAGACAAACUUGGAUUGGGAGCCGAUGGGUCAGACGAGCGGGACACACAAAUAUCUACAUAUCACGGGCGGCGAACUUUCGGUGGAAGAAAAUUUACUUGCGGACAGAGUACAAUUUUGGCAGUCCAUGUCCAAAAAUCAAUCAUCAGAGAGAUCCUCCUGAUGUCCUGAUGACGAAUUAUCAAAAAUACUUUUUUUAUGCCAUUGUACCUGUCUCCCGUCCCGGCCAUUGUAUUUGAUUAAAUGUACUUCAAUAACUCUUU